CGUGCCAGAGCCGACCAGGCACUCGGCUGCUCCUCUUGGUUGUCAUGAGGCUGUUUUUUGGGGGGCCAGAUUUGUGUGUGAUGGUCCCGGGUCUCCCCCAAGGGACUGAAUGCGUCCCUGGGCGUGGAUUCCGCCGCCCCGUCUUUCCUUUGCCCGCAUCCCCCCGGCUCCCGGGUUGCUUGGGCGUGUUUCCCGCGGGCCGCGUGGAGUGUAACACAGCGCUGCCCGCGCUUUUCGGAUUUCCGCGUCUUUCCGAGCAAGUUUCCCGGGUUUCGGAGCAUCUUGCUCGGUGGGUCUUCCCGGGCGACUGGGUGUGCUUUCUUGGUCCUCAGAAUGCCUGUUAAAAGAUCACUGAAAUUGGAUCUGUUAGAAGGAAAUUUACUUGAUCCUUCAAAGACCACGAGGAAGAAAAGCUUUGCAGCUUAUUCUCCAACAACUGGAACUUGUCAAAUGAGCCCCUUUGCAUCUCCUGCAAAACGUAAAGAACAGGAGUGCCCCGUUGGACCAUCAAAUGAAAAGAGGAGAAAUUUGAAUAAUCAUCACUUACCUGAAAGCACAGAAUCUGAAACAGAAGAUAGUGAUGAAUUCCUGAUGUUAUUAUCUGAAGUUGAAAAAUCAUCCGAAGAAAUCAUGAAAAUAAUGAAAGAUUUAAAUAGCAUACAGGCUUUGAGAGGCAAUAGAGAGCUUGAAAAUCUCAUUGGUUUCUCCUCCCCACCACGUUCCUUAAAAAAAGAGUUGAAGAAAACAGAAGAGCUAAUGAUGAAAAUAACAAAACAAAAACUGCUUGAGAAGAAGAGCUCAGAACUUGCCAACAAAGAAGUACAUCACACUGACAGCUAUGAUUUCCUUAAAGCCAUCCUAAAGUGAGGCAUCUCCAAGAAAUGCACACAUGGCGAGCGCCGACGUCUGCAUCUGCCCGAUCGUAUUUAAGGACACAGAAGAAAUGUUUGUAAUUAAUCUGCCCAGUAAACACCAGAUCACAGCACAAGGCAGGUGCAUGUCGAGAUAAGAUUUCUUGCAGCUAAUUUAAACUUUCUGCACAGCCCAGUAGAUAAUCUCAAUGUAAAUAAUACAUUUCUUCUGGGCCCGUUAGUGGAAGCUCACACCUAGAAGAGGCUCUCGUGCCGUUACCUACAUUUCUCUACAGUUCUACAUACAUUUUAGCUUUUGGGAUCGACUUGUUAAUAAAGUGUUUACAAAAAUGGCAGCUCUGCUGAGACUGCUCUCUCGAAAUGAGUUUUGAUUCCAGUCUAGGGAGUGCUGUGCAUCUAAGAAGGAAUAGUUUCAGCGUUUAAAAUCUGUCAUACCCGAGAACAGUACCCAAGGACAAUAGAAGUGAGGGCCGGGAGGACUGGCCCAGGUGGGAGGCUGGCCUCCAAGGAGUUGGGGAGAGGGCAGUUAGGACAGAGAAGGACCAAUGAUAGUGAUAGCUGGAAAGAAUCACUCUGGACAAAAGCGGGGUGCUGAAAGGAGGUAAAGGGGAAGUCAUAUUUUGGUAAUGGUAUUGCAAACCACAGUACCCAAAACGGAAAAAAAAGACGAAAAGUGCCUACCAUAGAGGUGGGGCGGGGGUCAGGAGGAAACUGGGGACCGUUGGUGGUGGGAAAUGUACACUGGUGAAGGAACAAGUGUUGGAACGUUAUAUGACAAACUCCAUCAUAAACAACUUUAACUAUCUCACAGUGAUUCCAUUUUUUUUUUAAUUAAAAUAUUUUUCAUGUCUUGGUGCAGGAGCAUUAGUAAAGGAGGUACUUGCCUGCAUGCAGCAGACCUGGGCUUGAUCCCCAAUAUCACAUAUGGUACCCCAAGCCCUGAGCACAGAGUCAGGAGUAAGCCCUGAUCACCAGGUGUAGGCAAAAACGCUGUACUGUCAUGCUUCCUUUUAUAAAAUCUUGCAAGGCAUUUUUCUGUACUGUUAACAUGAAACUGUCUCAAAACAAAGACUACUGAAUUUAAAGAUAAGACCUUUUUUAUGAGGCAGUAUUUGAUCCCCCUCCAAAUUUUUUGUUUUGUUUUGUUUGAAUCUUUUUGUGUUUUGCCAAAACACAAGAAACCUACGUUACUAGGGAACUACAGGGCGAAGAAGAUUGGUUUCAUCUGUUGUCCAAGCUGUGCCACUCUGUGCUUAAUACCAUUAAAACAGUUACUGUGUGUUUGACCUCUUGCUAUCCUAAGCUUUUGCAUUUCAGGACAGCUGGGUAGGCUAAGAAUCAUUUCCCAGUUCUCUUCAUUGUAGAUCAGAUGACUCUCGCUUUAUCACCCUUGGAGGCCACAUGAAGGACAAAGCAGAAAGAUCCACACACAAAACUAAUGUUUAUAUGGACGCUGGGGGGCGGAAGAGGCGGGGAUGCACGUGGCCCGGACCUCCCAGAGACCAGAGCAGGGGAGAAGAGGGACCAAUUGAGACUUAAGAUAUAGGAACCCCAACCGCAUGGCAGUACGGCCCAUCCAUCUCCUACUCUGCCUAUUCAACAGAGGUUUCUCCAGCUGCCUGGACUUUUGUAAAUGUUUCCCUCACUUAGUUGUGGUUUGUCAUUCGGACAGAAUGCUACAUCGGGAAUUUUCUCCCCUCCCAAAGGCCUAAAGGAAAAUGACUUCUCUGUGCCUUUCAUAUUUGAUACAUGUGAUACUCGCUGCAGCCUGUUCUCUUUAAGAAACAGACCUAUUUAUUGGUAACAGAGAAAACGGCAUUUCUCCAUUUCCUCCUUCCAAAAGGAAUUUGCAAAUAAUUGAGAAUAGUUUUCAUCAUAAGUACAUGAGUAAAGAACCUGAGAAGCGCUCAGCGGUUACUCCUGGCUCUGCACUCGGGCAGACACCCAGCCACUACACUAUUGCUCCAGCCCCAAGAACCUACGGAAUCUUCAACGUCAUGCAAAAACUGAAUAAAAACAUCUCUUCAAUCCCGAACUAAUCUCAGUGCUUUGGAAUUUGGUUUUGUUCUUACUCAUUGAACACGUUGGGAAUUUUGGAACCUAACUUCCAAGUUCAAAGUGAGGUGUUCUUAAAUGAAUGUCUGCUGGAGUGAUAGCACAGUGGGUAGGGCGUUUACCUUGCAUGCAAGCCGACCCAGGUUCAAUUCCUCCGUCCCUCUCCGAGAGCCCGGCAAGCUACCGAGAGUAUCCUGC